ACAAAAUUCUAUUUUGUUGACAGGUGACACCGAAAAAUGAAUUCAACAAUAAAAUUUACCGAAUAAAUAAAACAUAAAUACUUACACUCUCUAAGCUCUAAAAUAUGAAUAUGUGUCUUCAAGAUGAUUGUUAAGAAGUCUCAGGUGAACCGAACCAGUACAACCCCUAUGAUAUGAAAGCAUCGGACGAUGCUUAUCUUGAGCCAUCUUGGAAAAAUGUUCUGAUCACAAACCACAGCAAACAAAACUUCUACAUUCAUAACUUAGAGUAUCCAAGCAUCCAACAAAUUAAAAAUGUCAUCCUUUCAAAUUCCAUUCUUAUAAGUUUGGUGGUACUAAUUUUGCUCGGCUUAUUGCAUAGCUGAGGAUUAGUUUCAAGGCAGAAGAAUAAAGAACCAAUAACAAGGAUGAUUUGCAUGACAGCUUUGACGGCGUUUGCAGCAGUGACUCUGGUAGCGUGUGGACCCAUCGUCUGCGAGAAAGUACUGAAGUGCCUCUCUGGAGAAAAAGCCAGAGAUAAGAAGACUGGGGUUGGUUCUCAACUUAUCAAGCCUGCUGACUCUGGCACCAAACCUGGUGCCCCAGCCAAGGCUGCAGCCGCGCCCGCCAAGCCCGCCGCCCCCGCCGCAGCCAAGCCCGCCGCCGCCGCAGCCAAGCCUGCUGCAGCCAAGCCUGCUGCCAAGCCAGCCGAUCCUAAAGCUAAACCUGCUUCAGCUGCAGCUAAACCGGCUGCUGCCAAACCAGCAGCUGCAGCCAAAGCGCCAGCCAAGCCGGCGCCGCCUGCGCCCGCCACAGCCACACCGUCGCCCGGAGCGUCUGCCACCAGCCUCAAAUCCCCGACCCCCGCGGCUACUCCGAGUGCCGCCUCCGCCGCCGCCACACCCACCACGCCCAAGUCUGCCACACCCACACCUACGCCUGGAGCUAGUCCAGCGGCUGCCACUCCAAAAGGAUCUGACACUAAAGUUGCAGCUAAGCCAGCAGCUCCUGCUAAAGCCCCGGCCAAGCCCGCAGCCGCUUCUGCGACCAAGCCAGCUGCUGCUGCCGCUGCCAAGCCGGCCGCUGGCGCUGCAGCCAAACCCGCUGCUGGGGCCGCCGCCAAACCUGCAGCUAAGUCAUCGAGUACAGCGGCCGCCGCCAAACCUCCCGCCAAGCCGGGUGACAAACCAGCCGACAAACCCGCUGACAAGGCACCCCCUAAACCACCAGCUAAGAAGUAAUCUACUAAUACGGUGCGAGGGAUUACGAUGAACAAAAAAAUGGUGUAAAGUAAAACCAACCAUGUUAUAAUUAAUCAAAUAUAAAUGUUUGCAAUAUACUAAUCACCGUGUCAA